AUGUGGCUACCAAUCACCACGCCAGGCUACAACGGUAAUUCUAUUAAUGAAAUGACCCCACCCGGGUCGAGAUCAGAAAAUUUCAGUCAGCAAUCUUGGCAAGAGAAGCUGGAUCCGAGGUUCCACUUCUGCUCCUUUCCGCUCUUUGCCCCAACGUCUCUCAGGGUCCAGGACCCCGACACUCUGCCCUGUCGGUCAGGUCUUAUCUCAGUUGGAGGCUCUGAAGAGCCAGCUACAGUCAAUGGAAUUAUUGCAAUCAAUUUUUUGAGCACCAACAUUAUGAAGAGCCGGCGUAGUCGAGCUCUUCUAGGCGGAUUGUUUUUCUGUCUUGUUAGGGCAGAAACCGAAUCCUACCCCCUCUCUCUAGCUGCCGAUGUCGACUGGUACGGCAUUGAUGGAACCUGGAGCGCCGUGAAUAUCUAUGUUGGUUCAGAGCUUACGACAUCUUCUUUGUUCCCAAGCACUGUAGAUAGAGGCACAUGGCUCAUCGGAAAAAAGGCUUGUGAAAACUCGUCGUUAUCAGAUUGUUCAACAAAACGAGGCGGUCUCUACGAUCCUUCAAGUUCUUCGACAUGGAGCACUCAGGAUAACCCUCCUAACUUGGGCAGGACUUCUGCCCAAGCAACCUAUGGCACAGAUACAAUAUUAGCGGAUUACACGGAGGUACCCCAAAAUCAGCUUGCCGUCGCCGAAAAUGAGGAUACCUGGAUUGGACUGCUCGGCCUCGCUGUGAGCCUGAGUGACCAUGCUCUAAGCGAUUUAACUGCCUAUUCCCUGAUGGAACAGGCAUAUUUCAACGGGAGUAUCUCUCCGAGUGGAACCUAUGGCUACACUGCAGGUGCUCACUAUCGAUUGAAAGGUGUCUUAGCCUCUCUCACCAUUGGAGGUGUAGAUCAGGACCGAUUUAUCAAUAACAGUGCAACUUUUCAUCUGACCGACAAUCUGGUCCCCGUUGUGUCAUUGAAUACUAUAUCAAUUUCGUCCGCGUCCGAAGAUGGGGAAAGUCCUUUCACACCUCUUCAAAUCACGGCGUCUACCCCGGGAACCAGCUCUCUCUACACCCUCGACUCCUCAACUAGCUACAUCUGGCUGCCGAAGGACGCUUUCGAUACAUUCGGCCAGGCUUUCAAUCUUACCUAUGAUGAUAAUCUAGGUUUCUAUACAUACGGAAACGACACCUCUCUCCGGCAGAAUUUGUUGGCCAUGGACUUGUCAAUCACUUUCUCCAUCUCCGACUUUCCCGAUGCCUCCCAAGCCGUGAACAUAACACUUCCCUUCCAAGCCUUUGAUCACUCACUCUCCUAUCCGUUCCCGAAUUUACCCUCCGAGUAUUCCAACUCUUCACUUCCCUAUAUUCCGGUCAAGAUGGCAUCGACAAGUGAUGAACAACGUAUCGGCCGAGUCUUCUUCCAAGAAGCGUACUUGGCAGUCGACUACGAGAGAGAGCAGUUCUCUGUCUACCAAGCCAAAUUUGACGAUGAUCUGGUCGAUGGCAGCGCGGACAUCGUCCGCAUUGAGUCCUAUGACGAUCCCUGGGAUAGCUCAUCUGAAGGACAAGGUAUGCCAGCGAGAGUUAAAGCGGGAAUCGGGGUUGGUACCGCGGUUGGAACGCUCUUAGCCGUAGCGGCCGGAGUCAGCGCAUGGAUGUAUGUACGGAAACGUCGAUCUGCGAGCGACGAAAAAGGUAAAACCCUGGAAGAUAGUACGACCAGCCUGGAAUCUUUGUCCGAUGGGCCUGGCGAGCUUGAUUGCGAGCAUGAAAAUCGACUAGCAAUAGCACCAGAUCGUUCUGAUGCUGUGUUCGAGCUCCCGGGAUCGGAGCCGCCGAGAGCUGCGCCACCGGGCUCUGCAUCGGCUGAGCUCGAAGCUGGUCCAUCUGCCAUACGUGACUUGGACCAUGCGGCGGCUAAGCCAUCGGAGAGGCGAAUCCUACGACAUUCCAUAACUCAGUCGAGUAUUGCGGCCUCCUUCUCUUCCCGGAUAACGGAGAGUUCGGAUGAAGAAGAUCUGCUGCCAAGGAAGGGACAUACUACGAGCCCUCCGGCAUAUACGGCAUCUCCAGCUCCGUAG